CCACACUGCUUCGGGGGGUCUCAAGUCGUCGUGCUCGCUUCGGUUCAAGUUGUGCUCAGGGUGGGGGAGUUUCGGAAGAAAGUGCCCUUGGCGUGCGCGCAAGUUAGUGACACAGGUGAAACACAAAGAACCGGAACCUACUCUGAACCUCAGGGUGAAGCUCAGCCAACCUGAAAGCGGUGUGGUGCGGUGGCGUUGACGUUACGGCAUGAAGUUACGGAGGCCGUGAUCUCUGUGUGGGGACCUUCAGCAGAAGCAGUCGUCGUAUUGAAAGUGAAAUUAGCCGUUGCAAAGGGGGUUCGUCGUCUAGUGGCGUUGUGGUCUCCGGUGUGGGAAGAUAGAAGAGAAAAGAUUCUCAGGUCUCCAACCCGUUCGAGGGGGUAUUAGCCGGGUUCAUUGGCAUCCCCGGGAUCACUGUUGGAAGGCGAUUUGGAGGAACUUACGCUGUAAUCACCUCCUGGUUAAUGGAUUUCUUUGCAGUUGUCCACAUAAAAGUGAGGGUGCUUAAGUGAUCUUGUCGGAGUAAUCUUUUGCAAACCAACUGAAGAAAGUGAAUCAAGUGAGGUUCUCCGGUGCAAAAAUAUGACCUGAAACGAGUCACGCCAUCAUUUUGGGAACGGAGAAACAGUGCAAGUGAAGAAACAGGUUCCCGAAAAAAGCUCUUUGCAUAACGAUUUCAUAACUCCGCACAACGAUGGUUUGGAAGCAGCAGCGGAGGAGGGCGGCGCUGAUCUCCCAGCAGAUAGCUGGGAGUAAACGUAAAGUGUUUGGAAGUGGUUUCGUCUUGGUGGCUGCAGUGAUUUUGGUGCACAGUUUGGAAGGUGUUGGAGUGGAGGCACAGCAGAGGACACACUCGGCGCAGCAGGAACAGGAUAUCCUGAUACUGGAUGCGCUCGGGAAGCGGCAGUCGUUCAGCGGGAACAACGUGGAUUAUGGGCCGAACUCGAUCAUGGAUCUGUUGGGGAGAAUGAUCCCCCAGACGUGUCGCCACAAAGGUCGCAAGUUCGAGUGUGGCCUCUCGAUAUCCUGCGUCCUGGGUGGGGGGAAACCGGUCGACCUCUGCUCCGGCGGCAUGAUCUGGUCCUGCUGCAUCGACCGGGAACCUCAGGUGGAGCACGAUCCGGAACAGGGUGCCGUCCACAACGCCAGUGACAUUAUCAAUCUGUUCGACUUUUACCCAUCACCGUCAUCAUCAUCCUCCUCCUCAUCGUCAUCAUCUUCGUCAUCCGGGGGUCCUCGCCCGAUCCAACAAAGCUCGGUGUACUCCGGGUACAAUCCGAAACCUCCGUACCAUCUGUACCCGGUGGUGACCAGCACGAACCACCCCCCUCCCCAGGACUGGGGCUACGAAAGUAACCACCUUGGUAACGGGCACCACCACGGAGGUCCCACCGCCAGCGCCAUCUACAGCGAUAGGCCGUUCAGUUUCGGAACGAGACCUACGGUUGGACCUCAGCCACCCGGAAUCGGGAACAUCUUCAGCGGCACCGGAAGUGGGGGUGCCAACGUGCGACCUCCCUCGAUUUACAGCUAUCCCCAGGCAGGAGGAUCCGGAGGAAGUUCCAACCAGUACGAGGACGAUGGCUAUGGAAUCGACAACGGUUGUGGCGAGCUGUACACCCGCACGAACCGGAUCGUGGGCGGCCACUCGACGGGCUUCGGAACGCACCCCUGGCAGGCAGCGCUCAUCAAGACCGGCUUCCUGACGAAGAAGCUCAGCUGCGGCGGCGCCCUCGUUUCGAACCGAUGGGUCGUGACGGCAGCUCACUGCGUGGCCACGACACCCAACAGUAAUCUUAAGGUGCGGCUCGGUGAGUGGGACGUGCGGGAUCAGGAAGAACGGUUAAACCACGAGGAGUACAGCAUCGAGAGGAAGGAGGUACAUCCGAGUUACUCGCCCAGUGAUUUCCGGAAUGAUAUUGCGCUGGUCAAGCUGGACCGCAAGGUGGUCUUCCGGCAGCACAUCCUACCGGUGUGCUUGCCACCAAAGCAAACUAAACUGGUGGGCAAAAUGGCCACCGUAGCCGGUUGGGGCCGAACGCGGCACGGCCAAAGCACAGUUCCUUCGGUGUUGCAGGAAGUGGACGUCGAGGUGAUACCGAACGAUCGCUGCCAGCGGUGGUUCCGGGCCGCAGGUCGGCGCGAAACCAUCCACGACGUGUUUCUGUGCGCCGGCUACAAGGAGGGUGGCCGCGACAGCUGUCAGGGCGAUUCCGGCGGACCGUUGACGCUGACGCUGGACGGGCGGAAGACGCUGAUCGGGUUGGUUUCGUGGGGCAUCGGCUGCGGGCGGGAACAUUUGCCCGGGGUGUACACCAACAUUCAGAAAUUUGUGCCUUGGAUCGAGAAGGUGAUGGGAAAGGAGUUUUCCUGAGCGAAGGAGUAACGGGAUGGUCAGAACGAAGUGUAAAUAGUCAAACUGAACUAAAAUAGGGUACUUAAAAUAAAACGUUAGUGGUACUAGGGUAAUCGAAGUAUCGUUAGUGAGGUCAAUCAUUUACCAUGGAUGUAAAUUUUACAGUACACGCUGUUUUAGAAGCGCCAAGAUUCAGAGUUAAUACGGAUGACCAGUUGUGGAUAUAACACAAAAAAAUAACAGUAUUUUCUCAUUCAAUCAUUGCAAACGUCGUUGAAGGUAGUGCGUGGUUUAGUAAUUUAUUAGUAACUUAUUUGAAUUAGAUCAUCGAACAGCAUGGUGCGAUUGUCAGCAAAGCCGGAUGGAAUCGCAAAAGAUUAGAAUUAGUACUGACUAUUACCAUAUUUUUUAUACGACAAAGUUUCUUAUAGCAUGUAAGCUAGUUGGUAGACUGUAAAGGAAAAUAAAGGACACUUUUGA